AUGAAUAAUACUGACCCAACUUCAUUCAAAAGUAUAUUGGCAGGUGUGGCCAAGCUAAGAAAAGAGAAGGGCGGUACUGAUGAUACAGGGUCUCGGUCGCAGGAUAAAGAGACCAUACCGCCUUCUCAACAACUACAACCGCAAGAGUCCAGAUCUAUUGGUCAAAACCAGGUCAUAAACGCUUUCAAUCAGCAAAAGCCCAAAGAAUGGGCCGAUUCAGAAACAACAAAUGAUGUCAAUCGAAAAAGGCCCUUUAAGAGUGCUGGUCCGGGAAAAACUGUGUUAGUCAACACCACUCAAAAGGAAAAUCCACUCCUGAACCACUUGAAAAGCACUAAUUGGAAAUACGUAUCUUCUACAGGAGUUAGUAAGAUAUACUACGAUUAUAUGGUGCGCGGAAGAAGUGUGCUGUUUUUAACUUUAACAUAUCAUAAACUAUAUGUGGAUUACAUUUCUAGGCGGAUGCAGCCCUUAUCUAAGAAUGAAAAUAAUAUACUAAUAUUUAUAGUAGACGACAACAACCCUGAGKACACUUUGAAUGACAUCACGAAAUUGUGCAUGUUCAAUGGAUUCACUUUACUUUUAGCAUUUAACUUUGAACAGGCCGCCAAGUACAUCGAAUAUCUGAAUUUAUGA